UUUGCUUGCCCUCUGUUGAAGGAUUUACUUCCGGGCACACGGUCCACCCGCUCGCUCGUCGAAAUCAAAAUGUAUGAACUGGAUAUUUUUCCGCGCUUCAAGAUAAUGCAAUAAUUUACGACGACUUCUGCUGUUUUAACUAUAGAUAUAUAUUUUUUGUUGUUGUUUGGUCGUGUGCAUUUACUACUUAUCCGGGUUGUUUCGUUAGCCAACUAGCUCGCUGGAAAACGAGAGUUGCGAUCUUCGUGAAAGACACUUUUCUUACCGCGGGUCAAAGAAGAUGUCUGCGGAAGAGGCGGCAGACAAAACAACCCCGGCGGACGCGAGUGCGGGAGAUGGCGGAGACGAGGAAGAAGAGUGGCUCUACGGAGAUGAUGAUGAGAGAGCUGAUGAAGAAGAGGCCAAACUAUCCGCUGCUGUCAGUGCACCUAUUCCUGCUACUGAGUCAGAAGAGGCAGCUACUACAGGCAAUGGAGUGGAAGCUCAGGAGAAGGAGCCAGGAGAUGAUGACGACAGUGAUAGCGACAGCGAUGAUGAUGACGAUGAUGUUCGUGUCACCAUCGGAGACAUCAAGACCGGAGCCCCACAGUACACAACGUAUGGAGUGGCUCCUGUUAACCUGAACAUAAAGACAGCGGGAGCCAGACCCUAUGGAACAGGAAACAAGUUAAAGGGUGUGGAUCUGGCCCCAGGAAACAUCAAUGGAGUCCCAGUAGUGGAGGUGGACAUGGAGACGUUCGAGGAGAAACCCUGGAGGAAACCAGGUGCUGACCUGUCUGACUACUUUAACUAUGGUUUCAACGAGGACACGUGGAAGGGCUACUGUGACAAACAGAAGAGGCUGAGGAUGGGCCUGGAGGUCGUCAACAUCUCCUCCACCACCAGUAAAAUCACUGUUCAGCAGGGCAGGACGGGGAAUGAGAAGGAAGUGAGUUUACCCAUCCACACGUCCAAACCUGACUUCCCACUCCAGCCAGCCUCUACAAGUCAUCCAUGAACAUGAACACUACCAGGAUCUCCCCCCCACAGUGGACUGCUCCCCCCGUCCAGGACAUGUCCUACUAUACGAAGACCAGUGGUACGAUCGACGUGAUUGGAGGAGGGACCGCUACCAUCAGCAGAGUGGAGGAGAGAAGA